AUGUAUGCGACGCUAGGCCAAGCGCUUUACCGAGACCUGGUGGCGCAAGGCUUCCUAGGGUACCAGCAGUCGCAGCACCCCCGGACGAAGGCGCAGAUUGAGGCCGAAGAGGACGACCAACUCGAAGCUCUGCACUGGACCGACGAGCUCUACUCUGGCAAGUCAGUGCUCUUCAUCACGCCAAGCAGGAUCGGUCGACCGCACGUUGUGUGUCUCAACAAGAUUUCGCUCGCCAUGACCAUCGGCCUCAGCUUUGCGCCCCUGAUGGUGUGCUCGACGCCUCCUAAUCGCAACAAGUAA